UGAGACUAUGUAGUAUAGGGCGCGAUAUAAAUUAAAUAAAAUACUAUACACAUUGUAGACAGCUAUCAUGUUAUAGUAGUCACGAACCCAAAAGAGAAUAUACAAGAGUAAGACAUAGUAAUACGGCUCUUGGGCCUAGUUUAGAUUUCGGAAGCCCUCCAGCUGGCCUAUUGAGAAGGCAGACUCUUCUAGACCUCAAGCCCCUGGCUUGCCUUCAGAUUGGCACUGUUGCCAAAGUCUCAGAGCCAUUCCAUGGAGGUAAAAUGAGAAGGUUGGAAAAAACGAAGGUAACUGUGGAGUUGAUGGUUGGUAGCUGCAAUGCAUGUGCCCCUAUCUGACCGUGUCUUCUGUAAAGCUAAAGUGUAAGUGUUUGUGGUUGCUAAGCAACUACCCAAGUGAUUCUCCCACUUUCGCAACCUUCUCCCUCCCAUGGUAGGCCUCAUGAGCAGAUCAUGUUGUGGUUGCAACUACUGAUCCAGAAUAUGAAGAAUAAAAGAGUCAUGUGAGGAAUAAAAGGGAUUGCAACAGCUGUACAUUCACUUUUUUGUGUGCAAGCAUGUGCACAUGGUUCAGUGGCAGGAAUAAUCACACAAGAACAUAAGAACAGCCCUUCUGGAUCAGGCCCAAGGCCAAUCUAGUCCAGCAUCCUGUUUCGCACAGUGGCCCACUAGAUGCCACCGGAAGCCACAGGCAGGAGUUGAGGGCAUGUCCUCUCUCCUGUUGUUACUCCCCUGCAACUGGUACUCAGAGGCAUCCUGCCUUUGAGGCAGGAUGCAGAAAAAAGGGUUGCUGCCAAUCACUGAUAUACACAGAAACUAACUGAAUUUCCUUGCAUUAAAAAAAAUUCCAUUGGUUACUUAAAAGCUUAAACACUUAUGUUGACUCGCAACUGAAAGCCUCCCUGCUCUACUAUGAGUUGGGGUUAUGGUGCCAUAAGUUAUGGCACUUAACAUCACUUACAUUGUGGUAUAUUUACAAGCACUCUGGUAGGUCACUGUUUUACUUGUGUCACAACUGAUCAUUAGUAUGUGAUUUUACCUUUUGACCUUUUCUUCCCUUAGGGCCUUGAUUUCCUGGCAUGCCAGACUCCCUCAUGAAACCUUGGAGUCCCUGAAUAAAAGGAGAAAUGUCAGGCAAUCCCACUUUUUCUUUUCUUCUCAGUUUAAUUUCAUUGCAGUGGAAUAAUUUUGUAUUAAACCUAGCUAAGAAGAAAGCAAAUCAGGCUAGCUCAAAGUAUGGACUUUAAUCAAAAUCUAAAUUAGCCUUUCCAUCCAUCCUGUGUUAUUCCAUUACAGGUCAGAUAUGGGGACAUGAAUACAGACCUGAUGCCAUUUAAAAAAAAAUCUGAGUGCAGUAUGGUAUGUUCUAGAUGGCUGCACAUUAAGGCCACAUCCACACGUAGUGUGGAACCAGAAUGAAGGGCGCAGAGGUUUCCUCACUAUUAUGUCCGAAUGUGUGCAAUUCCGGUUCUGUUCAUUCAGUGACCCAAGGUUUCGCUCCGCAGACUCCAGUUUGAACCCUUGGUUUGUAGUGAGUUUCACUGCUCAUAACCGGGGUUCCUGGCCAAGAGCAUUACGUGUGAAUACAGCACUGGAGGCUGCAGUCACUCCAAGUGGAGUUGAGGGAGGAAGCUCCUCCCUCUCUUGGAUUGGCUGUGUGUGGGCUGUCCUUCAAAUAAGAAGGAAGCCUGCACAGCCAAUUACUCUUCCUCUCUGCAGUUUAUCAACUAUUCUGAAUGAUAAAAGAAAAUAUCAUUCAAGUUUCCUCUAAUUUCCUCAAGUUUCCUAACUGCCCUGAGCCAUUUUUGGAAGGGUGGUAUAUAAAUCAAAUAAGUAAGUAAGUAAGUAAAUAACUCACAGCCCUUCAGUAAUAUCCUCCUUUAUAGAUAGUUCAGAACAAAUGAGUAAAUUUAAUAUUUGUGGAAAUAGUCUUCUGUGAACCUGGAAAAUUAAGUUCUCCUUUAAAUUAAAGGAUAGCUCUAGUAAAGGUGACGGGCGGAAGCAUUCAUGUCACCAGUUGCUGCUAUGCUGCAGUUAUAGUCUGAUUAAGCUCUUGGUUCACCAUUGCCAUCUCCUGUGCAGUAUGAGUAAAAGUAAAGUGUGCCGUCGGGUCGGUUUCGACUCCAGGCAACCACAGAGCCCUGUGGAUGUCUUUGGUAGAAUACAGGAGGGGUUUACCAUUGCCUCCUCCCACGCAGUAUGAGAAGAUGCCUUUCAGCAUCUUCCUAUAUUGCUGCUGUCCGAUAUAGGUUUUUCCCCAGACUAUGGGGAACAUGUCAGCGGGGAUUCGAACCGGCCACCUCUGGCUUGAUAAUCAAGUCAUUUCCCCACUGUGCCAUUAGUACCUCCCUUUUAAAAAGUCUAAUAUAGAGUUUAUUGUCUUUAGCUGGUUCCUUUCUAGGCAUCAAAAUGUCCGUUCUGUUUCUUUAUGCCUAAACUCCAAAUGAUUUUCAAGGAAAUCAACUAAAAGAAAAGGUUUUUCUAUGUUUGACUAAAUAAAAUAAUAAUCAUAUGAUUUCAAACAUAGUUGCAAACUAUGCUAUCCUCACUUCCUUCUGCAGCCUUCUGUGCAUCCUGCACAGAAAGCAAAUGUAUACCUGAGGGUCCUGCAGCUUGCAGCAACAUAUUUUGGGGAGGGACAGAAGGAAGGGGGGAAUCCAUGAAAAUUGCCUAUUCAUUAUUCAGCACACACAAUGUUAGUAUGAAAUCAGCCACAGACUGAGAGUAACUUUAUUUUAAAAAUUAAUAAACAAAUACAUAAAAAAAUAACUGUGCAGAAUUUCAGAUGAGGGACUUUCCCUGCCUUUUUUCCAGCCCUAGAGAUGCCAGGGAUUGAAACAGAAACUUUCUACAUGCAAAGCCGGUGCUCUACUGCUUUACAAGAUAUUCUGUCUGCAUACCUGUGCAGUCUGUCUUGUAAAGUAGCUUUCAGAAUUGCAUACAUUAAAUAAUCCUCCUUAAUGAAGAAAAAUGACUGUAAUAAAAGGGGAAAAUACACGUUGCUAAAACAGGAUUUAAGUUACUCUCAGGUUGAUAAAUUUAAUAUCAUUAUGAGCAUAAUUUCACUAGCGAGUGCUUAAUUUAUAACCAUAAUGUUGCUCAGGUCUCCUUUCCCCUAGUUUUUAAAGAAACAGUAGAAUCAGACAAAGCCACACAGAUAGCAACUUCCAUAAGCUAAACUCACCAGGAGCUCCGGAGCCAGCAUCUGAGCCAGGCUCACCAGCAUCUUCUUGGAAUGCAAAAUGGUCAUUAAUUCUGGCUGAGGAUUUUACAGAAUGUCUGUAAGUAUUAUAAUGCUGAGAAAAGUAAGCAUUCUUGCACUCCGUUGAAAUAAAUGAUAUUUAAGCUUCCUUACCUCUGUGAAUUACACCCCCAAAUCAGUUGGGACUAAGUCCCACUGAAAGCGUAAUUGUGACUAACUUGUUCCAUUGGUUUCAGAGGGCACAACCAGAUUUUGCUGGAUCACUGAUUCUCUAAACUGCUUCGAUAAAAAGAGAGAACUCAAUCACUUAACAAUUUCUCCUUUUACUCCAGGUUCACCCUGAGGUCCGAGAAGGCCCUGUUCACCCUGUGAUAGGGAAAGAAAGACAAAAUUAUCCUUUCCUUCAGUUCAAAUUAUUUUCUUUGUGAUGCUGUUGACAGGGUCAUGAUUCAUUUUCUGUGUGUCGAGCAUACAUUUAGCAGUAGCAUAUAGUGAAAGCAUCAUUCCAUUAAAACUACAAAUAAGUUUUAAAAUACUGACAUCUUCCUCAAGAGAAUUGUUGUUUACUUAUGGUCGAUUUUUAAGUAAAAUUUGUUCAUAUGAAUGGACUCACCAAAUUAUAACAAAAACAGGCUUGACAGACAGGGUUUGACCUUAAUGGCUCAGGUUCAUUAGUCAUGAUAUUAUUUCAGCCAGAUGUUACUGUCAGAAGAAGAGUCAGGGAAUAUCUGGCCAAUGUACUUGAAGACAAGCAACACUACAAUAGUGAUUUCUGACGCUUGCAUUCUUCAUGUCUCCAAGCUACAAUUGUAGCUGUUUGAUUAUCUGGGUAAGGUUGUACCACAUCUAAGAGAACAUCUUCUUCGUUAUGGGCUCCACUGCCCAUUGAGAUCAUCCAAAGGGGUCUGUCUGCACAGUUCACAGAUUUAUGUAUGUCACUUCCCCCAUCAAUUGAUAAUUCACUUGGUAGCUUCUAAAUAUAUAUAGUACAUGUUAAUAUUUAUAUUUGAUUUACAUAUUUUCCAUCUAGAAUUGCUUGAUUGCAUUUCUUACUUAAAAUAUUAGUUCAGUGAAAUGUGGAUUUAUUAUUUAUUUAUUUAUUCAUUCAAUUUCUAUACCGCCCUUCCAAAAAUGGCUCAGAGCAGUUUACACAGAGAAAUAAUAAAUAAAUAAGAUGGAUCCCUGUCCCCAAAAGGCUCACAUUCUAAAAAGAAACAUCAGAUAGACACCAUCAACAGUCACUGGAGGUACUGUGCUGGGGGUCGAUAGGGCCAGUUACUCUCCCCCUGCUAAAUAAAGAGAAUCACCACGUUAAAAGCUGCCUCUCUGCCAAGUUAGCAAGGGACAUGACACAAUAAAUAAAUGUGCCCGAAGUAUGAUUGUUUGAGCCUGGUCAUUUGUGCCUCAAAUGAAAAUUCUCCUUUUGAAAGCCCAUUGAAAUGAAAGCAAGUGGAAGGGAAUAAUAAAAAAACAUUACUUUGCUCAAUGGAACUUGUGGAAGAAAUUUCCUAGUGGAUUGUGUCCAAAUUUGAGAAUAUAUUAUCCUCGUUAGAUUUCCGGUGCCAUAAUGAACAGUAAUAUGGAAUGUAUUAGUAGCCUUUACAACAUCAAAGACAUUUUCUUUUGAAUUGCCUAUUUGCUGCUUUGGGGACCAAUGCCUGGAGUUUGCAGGAUGUACCUGAGUAAUACACAUAGAGCUCUUGUCUAGCAAUAUGAACAUGCUCCAGAACAAAACUGAAGAAGAAAAGUACCAAUCUCACAGGAGGAGGAGGAAGAUCCAAGUUUUGAGUAUCAGUAUAUGACUGGCAGAAGGAUCCAUGUUUACUAUUCCUAAUGUAAUAUUUACAAGAGGGAGAAAGAAUGUAAUUACUGAAAUUUGUGGAACCAUAAUGACAAUAGGCAUUAACAGGCCAGAAGCCAGGAAUGCUGUGAACCAGGAGACUGCAAGAUUGCUGCUGCAGGCUUUCGAGUCGUUUGAAGAGGAUAAUUCACUGACUGUGGCAAUACUUCAUGGACUGGGAGGCAACUUCUGUGCUGGUUAUGAUUUGAAGGAGCUGGCCAACAAUUCAGCCUCAAUAAAAUUGGAACAAGAUGUCACCAAAGGUCCUGGUUUCUUGGGUCCUUCACGGAUGAAAUUUUCCAAGCCAGUGAUUGCUGCAGUGAGUGGAUACGCAGUGGCAGGAGGACUUGAGCUGUCCCUCUUGGCUGAUCUUCGCGUUGUGGAAGAAAGUGCUGUUUUCGGAGUGUUCUGCAGACGCUUUGGUGUUCCAUUGAUAGAUGGUGGCACUGUAAGACUACCAAAGUUAAUUGGACUCUCACGAGCACUGGAUCUCAUUCUCACUGGGAGGCCUGUUAGUGCACAGGAAGCAUACCAAUUUGGACUGGCCAACCGAAUAGUCCCUAAUGGCCAAGCACUUCGACAUGCCAUUGAAUUAGCAGAACAAAUUUCGGCAUUUCCUCAACAAUGUAUGCGGGGGGACAGAAGUUCUGCUCACUACAGUGCAUUUGAUGCUUCCUCAUUCACAGAAGCCAUGCAAUUUGAGUUUGACACAGGAGUGCAAGUGUUAUUGAAAGAAUCCGUUCCUGGAGCUAAGAAGUUCAGCUUAGGCCAUGGGCGUGGUGGUGCAAAGCUGUAGGAGUUGAAUAUCAUGCCUCUUUGGCUAAAACGUUUGCUCCUUCCAUAACAAUAAUACUUCUCUGUUGUAGCCAUAAAACAAAGUCACAAGCAAGAUAUGUAUAUCCCAUUUAAAUGAAAGCUUUUUAGUUUUUUUUAAAUAAUCCAUCUUCAAAUGAAUGGAACAUUUAAUUACUUACAUUUAAACAACUGUUAAGGCUGUAACUUUUUUAAAAAAAAGAAAGGUUGCUGUUAAUUACCAGCCACAUAUGUAUGUGUUAGGUCAAAGAUGGUGGCAUAAUAAUAACUUAACUCACAGAUUUAAAGGAUGAGAAGUGUGCUAAUUAUUGUCUGGUUUUAUAUCUAGAUUUUUAAAAUCUGGUAGUUCAUAUUGAAAGUAUUUCACUGCCCACUGGAGAAAGUUACUUUCAUCGUUUAGAUAAGACUUAAUAUUUAGCCAAUAUAAAUGGUCACUAACUUGCAUCUGUAGCUCUGAAUGCUUACAGGGGAGUUUGUUCCUCAAGGGUUAAUUUACAAAGUCUCUGUAACCCAGCAAUCCUGCAUUGGCACAAGUGUUCCAAAGGCACUCAGAGAACUUCUCCAUGAGCGUCAGUAGGGAGGAUCUGUCACCUUUCUAGAAGUGAGUUGAAAAGCACAUAUGUACAGAACUUUCAUAUUCUCACAAGGCUCUAGGAGUCUACAUGGAAGUGAAUUUGUUUUAGACUGAAAUAUCUGUAUUUUGAACGAGAAAAGAAUUAUACAACUCUCAUAAUUUCAGUGAUUUGGAUAAUGCAAUCAGAAAUAAAACUACACAUUAAUUACAGCGAAAUAGAGUAUUAGAUUUGCACUGGGAAGAGCCAAGUUCAAAUCCCAGUGCAAUUAUUACUCUCACUGGGUUACCUUGGACCAGAAGGUAUUUUGCAGUCUUCUCUAUAUUCUAAGGUGGUUGUAUGGAUGAGGCAGGAUCACCAUUUAUGUUAUCCUGAGCUCCUUGUGAGAGAAAGAUGGGGUACAAAAAUGACAACAUGAAAUUAGACUGUAAAUUAUUUGACAAAAUAUUUCAUCUUUUUAAUUAUUUUGGUGGUGAUAGAUGUGUUCAUGAGUGUAUUUACAGUACAUUGCCAACAAAGAGAUGACACACCUGCUGAGUACUAGGACAGACAGUACCUUGGCUUAGGGGCAAGAAUUUAAAGCAGCUAAUUCAAAAAAAAAAGUAUGAUUUUUUUUCUUAUAUGAAAGAAUUUUUAAAGGUUCCUCAGUGGUUCACCACCAGAUGUCCUCCAUGAGUAGGAAAAUAUGAUGUCUGUAAAGAUAUUCUGUACUCAGUAUUCAUAACAUUUAAAGACAGGACAGUGAAAGGAAAGUUUGAGAGAGAGCAAAUAUUAGGAGGUGAAACAUUCUUUUAAUAGUAUUAGUGUUUAAUUCUGUAGCCUGAAACACUUCACAGAACAUCUGUUUUAUUCACCAAUGAAGUACUUUUCUGUACUGUUUGAACUUUUAAGAUAACUUUAAAAUGUAUAAUUUCAAUUUGCAAAACAUGUCCUGUAAAUUUGUAGGCAUAAUGGCUCUUGGUCCCUGCUCAUUAGUGUCUUGUCAAUGACAGAUUAUCUUUAUGGACUUUAAUUCAAAAGUAGCAGGCUCUGAAUCCAAAUCAAGACAUUCAAGUGUAGUGUUUUUCCCAGAAACUUAUUUCUCCAAACUUUGUAACGUAAAAAGGUAUUUUACUUUAACGGAAUGCAUUAUUAUGUAUAUACUGCUUUUGAAGAACACUUCUUAAAUCAGUUUACAUAGCAAAAGAGAAGAUAGUUCCAUGUCCCAAAAGGGCUCAUAGUCUAAGAAGAAAUUGCCCAUGAAACUGAUUGCCAGGAAAUUUAGGACCCACAAAUGGAGGUACUUUUUCACACAACACAUAAUCAACUUGUGGAAUUCUCUGCCACAAGAUGUGGUGACAGCCAACAACCUGGAUGGCUUUAAGAGGGGUUUGGAUAUCUUCAUGGAGGAAAGGUCUAUCAAUGGCUACUAGUUGGAGGGCUAUAGGCCACCUCCAGCCUCAAAGGCAGGCUACCUCUUGAGUACCAGCUGCAGGACAAUAAUAGCAAGAGAGAGCCGGUAGGCUUCCAGUGGCAUCUGGUGGGCCACUGUGUGAAAUAGAAUGCUGGACUAGAUGGGCCUUGGGCCUGAUCCAGCAGGGCUGUUCUUAAGAAACAGCAGCAGUUCAAUCCCUGGCAGUUCAAGGUAGGGCAAAAAGAGAGAGACUGUUGCCUGAAACCUUGGAGACCUGCUGCUGCCAGUCAGUAUGGACAAUACUAAGCUACAUGGACCAGUGGUCUUACUCAGUAUAAGACAGCUUCCUAUAUUCCUAAGGACACUAUGCUGGGAUUAAUAGGGACAGUUGUUGUCCCCCUGCUAAAUACAAGAGAGCCAGCAUUCUAAAAGCACCUUUUGCCCAUUUAGCCAGGGGUGAUCAUUCCAUAGAAUUGUAAAAUGGUAUGCCUUGUGCAGAUGUGGAAGGUGAUCUAACAGGACAGAAAGGAAGAUCCUGCAUACUAAAGAAUGCACUGCCUGGAGACAGAGGGCUGGGCACAAAUACAGUUCUGCUAUAAAACCCUUGCAGCAGGAGACAGCAGCGAACUGCUGCAAUCCCAUAGUUUACUGGAUGACCACUAGGCUAAAAGCAAGCAAGCAGCCUGCUGUCUGGUUUCCUUCACUCUGGAGCAUGUGGGUGAGGCAUGGAUUAGUCUCUUAGGACGUUUACCUUCAGGCAUAUAUCUUCUGAUCCCAGUCUCUGCUAAUGGGAUCCUUUAAGUUGUGAGUCCCUUUCCUUCUCCUCUGCUGCAGCUUAAGAGAUGAAGGGGGGUAUUGGCCUAAGACGGGAUCUCAACUUGGGUCCCCAGACUUUGUUAGACUUUGGCCAUUGUGGCUGUGGAUGGUGAGAGUUGUAGUCCAACAACAUCUGGGGAUCCAGGUUUGAGAACCCAUGGGUUAAGCACAAUACAGAAGCAGAAAAUCCAGCAGCAUCUUUCAAAAGUCACAGAGAACAGCAGAAGGCAAGAAGCUGGAGGAGAAGUGAAGAGGGUUGGCUAAAGGAAGUGAAAUAUACUCCUCAACAAUCCUCUGAACUGUAAGAGAGAUUGCCUCAUUGCAGUUUAAAAGGACCUUGGCAGGGUUUGGGCUCAGAGGCAGUACAUUAUCUGAGCCAAAUCAGCCUGAAGAGGAGGGAACCUGCCCUAAAAAGCCCUUUACCACACCACCAUGGAAAAUUUGUGUGCCUUGAACUUAAGGGAUGGACAUGUCUUGGGUUUAUCCCCUGAACCCAAGACAAGCUCCCAUUGAUGGUUUCUGGAUUAAAAUGCAGGGAAGAAGUUCACCCAGAACCAUUGUGGGGUGGAGGAAGCUGGAGUGUUGCUGUUGAGCCUCUCUGCUGACCCCAGAGACAGCUCGGUGAGGGCAAGAAGAGGGGGAGAAAGGUGAAGAGAGAAGGAACUAUAAGGCUUUUAAAAAAUCCUCUUUGCCCUCCCCUCCCAUCCUCUUCCUCAACAACAUUUUGUCAUGAUACUCCUUUGUAGGAACUAAUUUAGAAUUCAUGUCUGUAGUUAGCUCACAAGAACUUAUUUCUGCUUGAUAGAAUAGCAAUGUUCCAUAUACAGCUGCUCUCUAUCCAGGUACUUGAUGUUUGUUUGGGCAUCUUCACAUCAGUGUAGAUUUAGAACGAAGCUGUGGGAUGUGCUUUAAGCCUAUCUUAUUGAUCCAAACAGAUCCCAGCAGAUUGUAGAACAGGUAGAAAGGGGAAAACAGGGGAACUAGGAGAUUCGUCUGGAUGCUUCUCAAAAUUCACUAAGCGGUGAAGUUUGCAUAAUUAAAUUCCACAGUUUCUGCAGCAGUGAAAAUGUUUUAAAGCUAACAUACAUGAGAAUUCUUUUUAAAUAGUUUAAUUGGACGGUAAGACUCAGAAAGUCAUUUGCCUAAGGCCACCUGUGUUUAGUUAUUUAAAUCUGAGUCUUACCUUUGCUCCUCCCUCAUCAGCAGUAGGAAAACAGCAGCACUUCUCCCUUACAGGGUUGUUGUACAACUACUGAAUAAUAUAGAGUGUUUUGAGCACCUAGAAAAAGCACUAUAUAAAAUACCUAUUCUUAAAAUAUUGUUUGGUUAGUGACAUUCUAUGCUUAUUAUUAUCCUCUUUACUUGUCUUACUUGUAGGGCAGUAAAAAACAUGCCUGUUAUCUUCAGGAUCUUGGAAUGAACAAAGAUUAACUACUUAAUUUAUUUUUUAAAAAACCUGUUCUGAGUUCAUGGACUUCCUGUUAAAGUUAUUCACAGGUUAUUAUACUUCCUUUUAACUACUUGACUUGUGAAAUAAGAGACAUUGUUUUUAGUAUAAUGGCCUCCAUAAAUAAGUUGUGAAGGAAAGGAGGAAAUGUGUAGGCGAACAUAUAAACUUUUUGGAUCUGA